AUGGUUCCCCGUGCCUGUGGAUCUUGCUGGGCCUGUGCGACCGUCAGCGCACUUUCGGAUCGGAUUCGUAUCGCCAAAUUUAAGAAGACCGGCCAUCUAGAUGCAGAAGUGGUGUUGUCGCCUCAAGUACUACUCGAUUGCGGAAUGCGUUCCUUUGGGUCGUGUCGCGGUGGAGAUCCUCGAUACGCUCACGAGUGGAUCUAUGAGAAUGGCAUCGUGGACUCGACGUGCAGUCCAUAUAUUGCAGCACACCCGUCAUGGAUAGGCAAGUACGGCACGCUAAAUUUCACGACGCCGGAAGAAUUUCAAUUGGAAGCAAUGAACGAAAUUUACCAUCGUGGUCCGAUCGUUGUGAGUUUAUACUCGCUGACACCAGAGUUCAAACAAUAUAAAGGAGGAUACAUCUUACGAGACUCCGGCGAGUACCCCGGAACGACUCUUGUCGUGAGUAUUGUUGGCUGGGGAGCAGACAAUAAGACCGGAGUCAAAUUUUGGGCUGUACGCAACUCGGUGGGCACUCAUUGGGGUGAUCGCGGUUACUUCUUCAUCGAACGGGGCACUAACACCUUUAACAUCGAAAACAAAGGUGCGUGGGCCGUGCCCAUCGUGUAG